AUGCAUCUGCCCAACGGUUUCUGGACGGGGUCCACGCUCCUCCUCCUUCUGACUACAUCGGUGCAAGCAGCGCCAGUUGAUCAUGACUUGGAGAUGAAGCUGGCGCAACAACCAAUCCAUCUACAAGUCCAGACGGAAGCAUCACUCGACCGCCCAAUCGUCGACGACGGGAUAUCCUCCAUCUUACGUCCCUCCCGCUACGAGUCGACCGUCCUCGGGCGACGACUACUGGCCCUCUCGAAAUCCGGUGUGCUCACCACCGUGUUCCCGGAGAACAUCACAUCCUCCCGAAUCCCAUCUGACGUUGCACGCACCCCGAUCGGGCUUCCCGAGUACAUCGCGUCGUGUGAAGAGUCGAGUGGAAACCCCACCGUCCUGUCCCUGACGAUCUCGACGUCAACACUUAACGCCAAUGCGGGCUCGAACGUCUCGCUGUCCCUCUCGUGGUGGGACGAGUACAUCCAUCUUACGCACCACCAGCCCUGGUCUGCGGCCAAUCUGCCGCGUCUGAGUCUCGUCGGCUAUCUCGAGGAAAUUCCGCAGGACGAGGCCAACGAGAAAGGUAUCCCGGGUUGCUUUACCCGUGCUCAUGGCGAUAGUGUCAUGUGGCUCCCCGGGAAGAAGUGGGCUGCUCAUCAGGGGCUGUGGACCAGGAUCGUCGUCAAGGAAGUGUAUUGGAUUGGUGGCUUUGGCGACAGGAACUAUAUCGGCUGGUUUGAUCCCGAUGAGUGGCAUGCUGUGACUAGCGAGGAGUGGGAGAAGGUGAAGUUGCCUGGUGAGAAGUGA